AUGCACCCUAAAACGAAAGACAACACGAAGCUACCCAGCUUCCUCCAACGUGGCAAGAAGCACCGCGUACGCAAGGGUAUUUCCGAAGCAUUGGGAGUUUUAGGUCUGGGAGGGGAGAGCGAAGAAGGCGGCUUAGCUCAAAGCCUUUCCAGCACCCCAUCCUUCGCCUUCCACCCCGCCGCCUCUCAAAAGCCUCCUCCCCUCUCAAGAACCAACUCAACCUGGUCAGGAGAGUCCUCCAACGCCGACAUGUCCCUCCUCUCCAACCUCAAAAAGCCUCGCGACUCCGGCUCCGCUGCCCCCACCAGAUCCACCUCGCAACAGGUGCAACCUACCUCCGCACCCCGCUCCUCGAGGCAGCUUCCCAUCCCUCGUCCCUCCAAGCCCGAGGCCGACAGGAUGUCCGUCAACUCCAUCCCCGCCACCGUCGUCUCCGAGAGCACCACAAUUGCCAACGACGAGUCCGCUGGCAUGUUGAAGAAGGCAAAGAACUCCAUUCGCAGGGCUGUCUCGCCCUCGCCCGCCCCCCACACCAGGGUGAGCGAGACUCAGUUCAUCCAGAAUGUCCACGAGGCCCAACAGCUAUUGAGGGCCAAGCUCCAAGCCGAGCUGAAGGGCUCGAAGGAGGAGUCUCUCGCUGCCGGCAUCACCAUUGAGAGCUUCCUCGGCUACAUUGGUGCCGAGCGUCUGAGGAGGAUGCCCGCCAAGGGCAGCAGGUGGGAUAAGAUCCUGAAGUGGGCCGAGUACUUUGCUACUUCGCUGUCCCUGUUCGAGGAGGCGGUUGAGACCUUCGUUGCCUCGAGCCAGGAGGCCGUCGAGCUCAUUUUCGCGUGCCUCCAGAUCCUUCUUCAGCUUGGACCCAGCCAAGGUGAGGCCAUGGAGAGGGCUUUCUCCAUCUUCCACGAGUAUGGCUUGGCUUUCGCCUUCUACCUAAAGCAUUACAGCCUGCUCCGCACCAUCCCCGAGGCCAGGUCGGAGCUGAGCCUUGCUCUGGGUGACAUGCUUGCUCUCGCGAUUGAGAUCACCAUCUUCUACCGCAAGAGCAUCAGGUCCAUGUCCACCACCGCCGUCACGGUCGACUUCAACAUUACCUUUGGUCGCCUGAUGGAGACUUUCGUUCAGCACAAGGACAGAAUAGCAAACAUGUUCUGGACCUACCAGCUGAAGAACUCUUCCGAGAUUGCUGACAUCCACGUUUCGAUCGAGGAGAUCCGUCUGUGGCUGUUGCCCCAGGAUCGCAACCUGCAGGCCAUGGUCAGUGGCCGCCGCGCCACCCGCAACCUGCGCGCCGAAUUCACCUGCGAGUGGUUCGACAGGCCUCUCGUCGACUUCACCAGGAGCAGGGACAAUGUUCUCACCAUCACCGCCGAGACCGGCGCCGGCAAGAGCAUUCUGGCUGGCUGGAUCCUGGAGAGACUGCAGAGGCCCAUUGGCAAGAAGACUUACCAGGCCAUCCACGCCACUGUGGACAGCCAGGUCCCGGCCCAGGCCACGCAGAUUGCGCUCGUCAAGACGCUUCUGCACCAGCUUCUCGAGCAGAAUGUUGGCAACGUCGCCCUCUACAGGUGCCUGUCCAACGUUGUCGAGCUUGACACCAACACGAGCAGCACUCAGGAUGCUGAGGAUGCUCUGUGGUACACCCUCGAGACCGCCCUGAAGCCGCUCAACAACGUCGUGCUCGUCAUUGACGGUCUUGACGCCCUUGAGGGCGACGAGUCGGAGAAGUUCGAGGCCUACGAGCAGCUCUGGAACAUUGCGGCCAAGAACAAGAACGUCCGCGUCAUUGUUCUCAGCCGCCCCAUGUCCAAGCCCUGGCCCAAGCCUACCCGCCAGCUCACCAUGGGUCCUGAGCGCACCACCGGUGACGUCAAGCACAUGGUCCGCGCCUACCUCACGUCGCGUGGCAUCGGUAACCGCUACGAGAUUGAUGAGGUGGCUGAACAGGUUGCUCAGCGCAGCAAGGGCUCCCUUACCUGGGCCGAGCUCGUGCUGCAGCUUUUCGGCUCUGCCAAGACCAUCGUUGACGUCCAAACCACGGUCAAGGAUCUUCCCAGCACCACCAAGGAGGUCCUCGACAAGCACAUCAGCACCAUCUCGCUCAAGGGCGAUGCACGCCUCAUCUUCGCCUGGCUGCUUGUCGCUGACAGGCCCCUUACGACGACCGAGAUCCAGUGCCUUCUGGAGCUCAAUGUCCAGAAGGGCACUCACCAGCCGAGGUCUACCAACAUCAUCGAUGACAUCCAGAAGGCCUGCGGUUCUCUGGUCCUCGUUCAAGACAAGACGGUGCGCUUCCGCAACGAGUCGGUCAGGCUUCACCUGCUUGAGCUCAGCAAGGAGAGCAAGUACCUCAUGCCCCCGGCGGAGGCCCACAAGGACUUCGCCACCAGGCUCCUGCUCUACAGCAAGGUUGUCGUCAGCCGUAACACCGAGCCCUCUGUGGACGACCUGAGCCCUCGCGAGGUUGACAACCUCUUCCGCACGAACGCUCUUCUCGAGUAUGCCACUCGCAACUGGCUUACUCACUUCAAGAAGUCUCCGUUCUACGCUGAGGGCCAGCUGCAGGCUAUCACCCCCGAGCUCAAGGUGGCUUUCCCCAGCUCGACCCUCCUUGCUCUGCUUGAGCGCAGCACCUGGGAGAAGCAGACCCUUCUUAGCAAGGCCAAUGAGCAGCACCUUCUGGCUCUCCGCAUCCGUCAGCAGGCUCUGGGCGACACCCAGCUCUGCACUCUCCAGAGCUCCAUCAACGUUGCCCAGUCCUACAAGAAGCUGUCCGCUCCCGUUGAGGCCAGCAAGUUCUUCUUCAAUGCCGCCAAGCUCGGCCAGGCCAUCCUCGGCAAGGGCAACGACCUUACUGUUACUUGCGCCACUGCCACCAUUGACUCUCUCGAGGGUGUCAAGGCUGAUGCCCGCAACGACGAGAUCACCCGUAAGGAGGAGAUGCUCAAGUACGUUGUUGAGACUGAGAAGCAGCGCCACGGCACGACCAGCGCGCUGGCUACGAAGUACAACAACCAGCUUGCCCAGCUGUACACCGACAUCAAGGAGAACGACAAGGCCGAGGCCGUCUACCGCGAUGUGUACAAGCUCACCAUCGCUCAGAGCGGCGAGUUCUCUCAGGAGGCCACCCAGGCUGCCGAGAAGCUCAAGACUGUUCUCUACAAGGAGGCCAAGCACGAGGACGUCGUUUCGUACACUCAGCCCAUCUUCGAGUCUGCUGAGCGCAACCUCGACAUCUUCGAUAUCCGCCGUGUCGAGAUCACCCUCCGCAUGGCCGACACCUGGGAGGAGAAGGAGGACCUCAUCCACGCCGAGGAGCUCUACAUCUCUCUCUGGCGCGGCCUGACCGAGUACUGCCGUGCCAACGCCGCCUCCAACGACGCUCACGAACGCAAGAUUCAGAUCAGCAUUGCUUAUGCCAAGUUCCUGAAGCGUCACGGUCGUGAGGCCGAGGCCCAGAACAUCCUCCACGGUGUCUGGCUCGACUACCAGCACCGCGAGAACAAGUCCGAGGCCGUCGUCAAGCAGCUCAACCAGGUUGGUGAGGAGCUCAAGGCUAUGGGUAUCCUCGAGACUGCCAUUGCCGUCUUCAAGAACGUCUGGGGCUACUUCAAGGGCACUGGCCAGCAGAACUCCACCGCUGCCGUCUCCACCGCCGUCUCCCUCAUGGGCGCCGUCCAGGAGAAGGCCGAGAAGAAGAAGGAGGAGUCCAAGAGGGAGGCUGUCGCUGCCGGCUCGAUUGAAGACGCCGAUCUCAGCGAGGAUGAGGCCGAUGACGAGGCUGACGCCAUUCUUGAUGAGGUUGUCGAGACUGCCAUCGCUGCCGCUCCUGCCGCCAAGUCCACUGAUGCCGCCACCAAGGCUGGCGUUGUCAAGGUCCAGCAGCCCACGAUUGAGCAGCAGAUCCAGACCGCCGAGACCCUGUCGAGCUUCUACAUCAGCAAGGGUCGCUGGAACGAGGCUGCGGAUGUCUGCAUCAAGAUCCUCAAGCAGCUCUGGGUCAACCUUGGCGUCGAGAACAAGUACGGCUUCCCCAAGCACUUCACCACCGUCUCGAUCAAGUUCGCUCGCCGUCUUGCCGUCUGCUACACUGAGUGCAACCAGACCGAGCAGGCCGAGAAGGUGUACAACCACCUCUUCCUGUCUGCCCGCUCCAGCCUGCGCAUUCAGGAUGAGCUCGUUGCCGAGACUGCCGAUGACCUGAUCCAAUUCCACCUCCGCACCCAGCAGUACCAGAAGGCUCUGAUUGUCUACCAGCAGCUUCUUGAGAGCUACAGGACCACUCUUGGUUCCCGCAACCCGCUCACUCUCAAGACCUUGUACACCAUGGGUGAUUUGUGCAUGAAGUACCGCCUCAAGGGUGCUGACCAGUACUACCUCGAGGUUGUCAAGGCCGAAAAGAGUCAGGAUGGUGUCCUCACCAAGGACGCUCUCCGCGCCGCUAUUGCUUUGUCCAAGAUCUACUACGAGCAGAAGCGCUGGGAGGAGGCCCGUGCCAUCUACGCCACCGUCUGGGUCACCUACACCAAGAAGGCCAAGGAGUACGACAUGUCUCCCGAGCUUGUCCAGACCAUCUUCAAGCGCUACCACACGGUGCUCGAAACCCACCUCAGGGUCGAUGUCAAGACGGUCCGCCAGCUGGCUCUCGAGUACCGCACCACGGCCGCUGCCCACUACGGUCCCGAGUCCCAGAUUGCCACGACCGCCAGCCUCCAGCUUGCCGAGAUUUCUCGCAAGAUUCCUGAGCACCAGGAGGAGGCCGUCAAGAUCUGUGAGGAGGUUGUCGCCAAGGCUGCUGAGAACCCCGACAAGGCCAAGACCCCGGCUCAGGCUAGUCUUCUCGCCACGGCCAAGCGUCACCUCGCAGCCCUCUAUGCCACCCAGAACGCCAACGGCCAGGUCUCUGCCGAGUCCAGCCAGAAGGCCGAGGGUCUCUGGAAGGAGCAGCUCGAGAUCAACAAGAAGCAGCACGGCGUCGCCCACAAGUCGACCCUUGCCAGCUUGUCUUCCCUGGUCGGCGUCUGGGGCAAGUCGGAGAAGCCGGAGAUCAAGAAGCAGGCCGAGACGCAGCUCCAGACGACUGUUGUCGAGGUGCUCACUGCCCCCACGGCCAGCGACUCGACCAAGCUCCACGAGUCUGGUGCUUCCCUGGCCAAGAUCUACCUGGCUUCGAACAUGUCUGCUCAGGCCUGGGCUCUUCUGAGGGACCUUCGCUUCCAGAUCAUCUCCAAGGAGGCUCGCAACACGGGCAAGGUCAGCGUCAAGCUGCCCGACACGGUUGACCGUCGCAGCAUGGUCUUCAUUGCCGCCUUCGAGGAGACUCUGCGCCAGCACGAGACCGUCGAUGCCACCAAGAAGGUUACCUUCUCGGACAUCAUGACCGACAUGCUCACCGAGGGCAUCCUGUACGACCGCUACCACCUUACUCUCCAGAGCAAGGAGGUCACGGUCGAGAACAAGCUCUUCGACGGCGCGCGCCUGUACGCCUUCCUCAAGAGCAACCCGCAGAACGCCGAGCAGACUCUGGCGGUCGAGGAGGCGCUGUUCAAGAUCUUCAUCGAGAACUUCGGUGCGAGCAUCAAGGUGCAGAACGUCGUCACCCGCACCUUCUUCAUCGCCCUUCUCGAGUCGCUCGGCCGCCUCCGUCACCACGACGACCUCACCAUCGUCGGCUGCGAGGCCGGUGUUGCCAAGGUCUAUGCGCUUCUCGAGGCCGACCAGUUCGGCCAGGCGUACGAGGUGGCGCUCUGCGUGUACCAGUUCAUCUCGUCCAAGGACGGCUUCAAGGUGUCCAAGAACAUCCCGCACAGCUUCAAGCUGUCGCUGUACCUUGCCGGCCUGGGCGUCAAGAAGAGCGCCGACGUCAAGCUGCAGGCUCGCAUGAUCGAGCUGUCCAAGGCGGUCCUCCGCGAGACGCUCACGGCGUGCCGCAGCCUGGACAUCGACCUCGUGCAGCUGCAGGCCGCCGAGCUCAACAACCUGGUGCGCCUCAUGGGCGAGCAGAAGAACUACGAGGACCUGGAGUGGCUCCUCACCCAGCUCUGGCACUCGCGUCUCGUGCAGCGCUCGUGGUCCGCCACGACCGUCAUCUCGGUCGGCCGUCGCCUCGUCGAGGUGCUGUUCGUCCGCAGCAAGCAGGACGCGUCCAUCUCCCUGUGCGAGUCGAUGACGUACAACUUGCGCCGCACCUGGGGCCUGCUCGACCAGGUCACCAUCGACCUGUGCAACCUGCUGUCCUCGCUCUACGUGGCGGCCGACCGCCACGCCGACGCGCUCGCCCUGCACGAGGAGAUCCUCCGCGCCGUCCUCCAGGACGACGAGUCGGAAGACGUCCUCGACGACGCGCACGCGGCGCAGAUCGCGUCGGAGCAGCUCGAGCUGGUCAAGCGCGUCUACGCGCGCCAGGGCGGCUGGGGCGACGAGGUCGACGACCUCUCGGCCCUCGUCGCCGACGUGGUCGAGCAGUACGCCGACGCCGACAGCCGCCUCGCCCAGUUCGUGCCCGUCGACAAGUGGAGCACCAAGGCGCCGCCCGCCCACGACACGUACGGCACCUUCGUCCUGCCCCAGGGCUGGGAGUUCUCCGCCGACGGCGUCCUCGCCAACGGCGCCGUCACCCAGCGCAAGCCCGACUACCUCCUCCGCUGGCUCCAGGUCAACCGCCAGCAGAGCUUCGGCGACCUCGCCGCCGAGGCCAACAAGCAGCAGCACGACCUCGCCAUCGAGGCCCCCCCGGCGAAAGUCGGCGGCGGCGGCGCCCACGGCAGCGGCGCUCAUGGCGGCGGUGCACACGGCAGCGGGCCCAUCCCCAUCGUUGUCAACGGCCACUAA